CUUCCCCGGUGCAGACAUGGCCUUGGGUGCUGCCUGCGCGCCAGUGAAUAUUGGAAUAAUUGGUAGAACAGGCUUGAAUGAUCCAGAAAUUUUAGAAGGAAGAACUGAGAAAUAUGUAGAUACUCCAUUUGGCAAGCCAUCUGACACCUUAAUUUUGGGGAAGAUUAAAAAAAAUGUUGAUUGUGUGCUUCUUGCAAGACAUGGGAGACAGCAUACCAUCAUGCUCAAAGUCAACUACCAGGCAAACAUCUGGGCUGUGAAGGAAGAAGGUUGUACACAUGUCCUAGUGACCACAGCUUUCUGGUCUUUGAGAGAGGAGAUCCAGCCUGGUAACAUGAUCAUCAUCGAUCAGUUCAUUGACAGGACAUCCCUAAGGCCUCAGACCUUCUAUGAUGGUAGUCACUGCAGCGCCAGAGGGGUGUGCCAUAUCCCAAUUGCUGAACCAUUUUGCCCCAAGACAAGAGAGGUCCUCAUAGAAACAGCCAAGAAGCUUGGUGUUCGAUGCCAUUCCAAAGGGACAAUAGUCACAAUUGAGGGGCCUCGUUUCAGCUCUCAGGCAGAAAGUUUUGUAUUCCGUACUUGGGGUGCAGAUGUUAUCAAUAUGACUACAGUUCCAGAGGUGGUGCUUGCCAAGGAGGCUGGGAUUUGCUGUGCAAGCAUUGCCAUGGCAACCGAUUAUGAUUGUUGGAAGGAACAUGAAGAAGCAGUGUCAGUGGAUGGGGUUUUAAAGACCAUGAAAGAAAAUGCCAACAAAGCCAAAAGCUUGCUCCUUACUACCAUACCCCAAAUAGGGUCAAUGGAAUGGUCAGACACGCUCCGAAACCUGAAGAAUAUGGCCCAGUGUUCUGUUUUACCACUAAGACAUUAACACAGCAUGGCUGCCACAAGGAGACUUAUGA